AACAGCACUGAUUCAGGCUCUGCCACCAUCUACAGCAGCUCUGCCGGUCAGGACUGUCUGUGAGGGUGGACAUAGUCUACUUCUGUGCUACACACACAGUAGUCACAGGCCCCGCCUGCUGACUGGACCCUGUCAGAGCACAGCUACAGGACUGGAAAGAGAGAAGUCACUUGUGUCCUCCUCUCACUCAAGAUGAAACUCCUUCUGCUGGUCACUCUGCUCACAGCAGGCGCUACUGCACACAGCAUCAGCCGUCGGGCUUUGAAGAGGUAUGGAAAUGCCUUUAUCUGCUACUACGACGCUCAUUUAUUGAAGGUGGAGCAUAAAACCGAGAGAGGUUUCGUUUCGAGGAUCUAUGAUCCCUUGAUGGGGUACGGAAAGCUUGGCUGCAUAUGUCAAGCACUCAUAAGACGCGCCGCCUAUGAGGUUGAUGUGGUCAGGUGCUGCUUGGAACUUGAAACGUGCUACAGUGAGGGGAAGAAUCUUGAACACUGUAAAAAUUCUGAAUACAAUCCCUAUUACUACUUCUGCUCUGGGAGGUAUUUCUUCUGCAGUGAUGAAAACAAUGCCUGUCAGGCCGCCAUCUGCAACUGUGACCGCCAGGCUGCCAUCUGCAUCUUCAGGAAAAUACCCACCUCGAGAUCCGAACUCUUUGGAUAUGAGAGAUUCUGUUAGACUUGUCGCCUCAUUUACUGCCUACACCUCUGCUGCCUAACAGGUUGUGUUCACUACACACUGUGCCUUCCAAUAAAGCAGCUAUAGAAAGAG